GUUUCCUGGCCAGGUGCUGAUGGGGACAUAAAAUCCUCGAUUUCUUAACCAAUCUCUGGGGUCAGGUUUUCUUCCGCUUUGCGGUAGAAAAAGCCAAAAGCGGAAGUCUGGACUGUGCACCUUCUCGAUCUCCUCCUUCCUUCACUUCCGUUGGGCAUUUUAUUUAUUUAUUUAUUUCUUCGUUUGAUGUGCAUCCGGGUCCUGCCGGCGUGCUUAGCGGCUGUUGUGGAGAGUGGGUAGAUGAGACGCCGGGUUCAGCGAGCGCGUGGCUGGGGGGUGAGUAAAUAGAACUGGCCGGCCAGGCGCGCGCACACCCGAACGAGCGGCUUUUGCAUUUCCGUCUUCUCCGAGCCGUCCGUAUGAGGUGGCGAAGGGUUUGCGCUGGAAAUCAGCUCCUCUCCGUCCUAGUUGCGAUGACCUGAAGUCCCGCGGAUAUUGACCGGAGAGAUCACUACAACUGUAAACCUACUGAAGCAAAAUAUGGAAUGGAUCUUGCUGGUGACUGAAUUAAGCCAAACAAACAGUAUUGACAGUAGCUUGAAAAUCACCAGUUAGCAGUUUCUUCACGCUCCUGUAUCACACAGCACUUUCCAGAGAGAACUCAUUGUGUGCAUAAAAUCAGCUUUUAAAUCUGCUCACUACCUUUCAGCUUUGUUUAAUUAAAAUAGUUUUAAAUGGGAAUCUGAACUACAAGAGCACUCGGAGAAAAAUGGCAUUGGAAGAAUAUCUGUGGAUGGUCGUUGUGGGUUUUAUCAUUGCUUUUAUUUUAGCAUUUUCAGUUGGUGCAAAUGAUGUUGCAAAUUCUUUUGGUACUGCUGUGGGUUCUGGUGUAGUUACUUUGCGCCAAGCCUGUAUCCUUGCUUCAAUUUUUGAAACUACUGGUUCAGUAUUGCUGGGAGCAAAAGUAGGUGAAACCAUUCGUAAAGGUAUAAUUGAUGUGAACUUCUAUGACAACUCAACAGGUCUACUUAUGGCUGGAGAAGUCAGUGCAAUGGUUGGAUCUGCUGUUUGGCAGCUGAUAGCAUCAUUUUUGAAACUUCCAAUAUCUGGAACUCAUUGUAUAGUGGGUUCUACUAUAGGUUUCUCAUUAGUUGCAAUUGGCACACAAGGAGUCCAGUGGAUGGAACUUAUCAAGAUUGUUGCUUCCUGGUUUAUCUCCCCACUAUUAUCUGGUAUGAUGUCUGGUGCACUGUUUCUCUUGAUCAGAUUUUUCAUCUUAAAUAAGGAAGAUCCAGUACCAAAUGGUCUUCGUGCCCUUCCAGUGUUCUAUGCUGCUACAAUAACUAUUAAUGUGUUCUCCAUAAUGUAUACAGGUGCUCCAGUCCUAGGAAUUACACUUCCUAUGUGGGCAAUAGCACUGAUAUCAGUUGGUGUAUCAAUUGUAUUUGCUGCCUUAGUGUGGAUAUUUGUAUGUCCAUGGAUGAAAAGAAAAAUAGCAAGUCGUUUAAAGAAGGAAAGUGCACUAUCAAAAAUAUCUGAUGAAAGCAUUGACAAAAUUCAAGAAGAGGAUAUGCCUGUCUUUAAAGAACUUCCUGGUGUAAAAGAAAGUGAUGAAAGUACUAUUCCCCUGACUAGCUGUGGAACAGAAGACGCUGGAGUAUCAGAUAAUAUAGCGAAUGGUAGCCACGCACGUGUACCAUAUGGUGAGAAAUUAAGCACUUAUGUAUUGUUUCUCUUCUUUUUAUGUGGAAUAUCAGACUGCUGUGCAUUGAUGCUCUAGUCCUCUAACAUCCAUCCUAAUAUUUUCAACAUGCAGGGUGAAUAAAAAGGCAUAAUUUUUCUCAGGAAUGACUUCUGAAUUCUUGGCAAUUGCAUGUGCUCAUUACAAGUUUAUUUUA